AUGGAAGGAAGCGAUGAUCAGAUUCUGGAUUGUUCAAAUCCAAUCUCCACGGCGGUAAAUUCCGACUCGGCGCGCAGCAUCACACGACGGGCGUACGCGCGCGUGGGGCUGUUGGGGAAUCCCAGCGACGGCUACAACGGCAAAACUAUUUCCUUCUCCCUCGCGAACUUCUUCGCAGAAGUCACGUUACAGCCUUCGCGAACCAUCCGAAUCAAGCCGUGUGCGAGCGAUGACAUCGCCGAAUUCGCGUCGCUUAGCGACCUGGCGGAUCAAUCCAAGAAGCAGCGGCUUGAGCACGCGGAUGGCGGCGUUUAUCUUUUAGCGUCGCUGUGCACGUGUGUCCACGACUACUGCCAGCAGCACGGCGUUGACUUGCCACAACACGACGCCUUCACUCUCUCCUACUCCACCAACAUUCCUCGCCAGGUGGGCCUGUCGGGAUCCAGUGCAAUCAUUGCUGCCGCCCUUAGCUGCCUACUCCACCACUACCACCUCCACCACGCCAUUCCCGUACCUGUGCGCCCGAACCUCAUCCUCGAGGCUGAGAGCAGGCUCGGCAUUGCUGCGGGCCUGCAGGAUCGGGUCAUCCAAACCUACGGUGGACUGGUGUUCAUGGACUUCAACAAGCCACAUCUAGACGCACAUGGCUUCGGCGUGUACCACCCCAUGGAUCCAGCGCUCUUACCUCCUCUGCAGAUCAUUUUUGCGGCCAAUCCCAGCGACUCAGGCCACGUGCACAGCUCCGUGCGAGCCAGGUGGCAGGCGGGUGACGUGGCAGUGCGCCAGGCCAUGGCUGACGUGGCAGCGCUGGCAGAGGAGGGGCGAGAUGCGCUGGUGGCACGGGAUUGGGGGAAGCUUGCUCGGCUGAUGGACCGGAACUUUGAUCUGCGCAGGUAUGGUUUGCUCAGUGCAGGCAGCACGGGCCGUGGGGGCAGCAGCCAGUUACACCCUGACCCCGUACAUGCUUCCUCCCUCAUGUGCAUUCUCAGGCAGAUGUUCGGAGACGAGGUGCUGGGGAAAUUGAAUCUGAGCAUGGUGCAGGCAGCACGGGCCGUGGGGGCAGCAGCCAAGUUCACGGGCAGUGGUGGUGCCGUGGUGGCAUUCUGCCCUGAGGGCGAGCAGCAGAGAGCGAUGCUGGAUAAUGCAUGCAGAGAGAAGGGGUUCUGUGUGGUGGAUGUGCAGGUGGCUCCUGCUGUGGAUUUUGAGGGAGAAUGCUGCUGA